UGUUCCUAUGCCAACAGCACUAGAGAACAGAAAGAGUUUUGCAGAAAUGGAACAUGCAGAAGUGAAACCAGCUGAUAUACACACACUGCUAGAGAUCCCAGACUCAGACUCCAAUAAUGUAUUCUGCAAUGGGCAUAAUUUAUCAACAGCUGCGAGUGAGAGCGACCGGGACCAACGUGCACCUCUGGGACGUAGCGAGAGUCAAGCAAUCUCAAGCAUCAGGGAAUCUUCUCAAGAGUGUGAUGUUGACAGAGGAAAACCAUUCCGUCGCGUGGCAUCAUGUCCAGAUGCCAAGCAGUUGGUGAACCAACCAGAUCCAGUUCAUGACGUAUGUGAUAUUAAAGUGAAGAUAGCAGACCUUGGAAAUGCAUGUUGGUCGGUAAGUAUAUUUGCAUAAUGCAUAUAUAGGUAA